CUUCACGCUCUCGUCAACCACUGAAGCCAUCUUUGCAGCGCGCGAUGUUCAAGAAGCCGCCGCAGCUCAAGCCGGCGUCACCGCUGCGCUCUUCGUCACGAAGGGCCUUUCUGGCGCAUCUGCAGGCGCUGUACCCGGCCCUGGCAGAUGCAACGCCCGAGGUGCUGUCCGAGGUGGUGCCCAACGGGCUGCGACAUUGCGGCGCCACGACGAGCGGCGGGCAGAAGGCCGUCAUCUACACCGACGACCAUGGAAAGCCUCUCUGGUUCGAGCUGGGCCCACAGGCGGGCUCUGCAUUGCAGCAAUCAGAAAAGAAGAACAAGAAGAGCGGCAACGGUGGGCCGAGCGGAGGCGAGAAGCUAUUCGAAGUCUUCCCGACCGUGUAUGCCCUCUGGCUUGCACCCGACAUUCUCCCUCGCCUGCCGACGUGGCCCCAGAUUGUCAAUCCUACCCUACUCAGUGGAUCGGCCCUCAUGAUCCCUGGCCUGAUCCCUCCUCCACACACCUUUCCGGCGGAUCUUCAGCAUGCCUCUUCCUCCUCUUCUUCACUUCCCACAAAGUCGACCAUCGUCGCCAUCACUCCGUACCCCUCGCCCGUUCCCCUCGUCGUGGCCAGGUUGGAUGCCGACAUGAAAGACAUUGUGCAGAAGCGCUCUGUGGGUGAAAAGGGAAAGGCGGCUACAACCAUUCACGCGCUUGGUGACUUCCUUUGGGAGCUAGGAGGAAAGGGAGAGCCUCCUGCCGCAGAGCAGGUUGCUGCUGCUGCUGAUUCUCUGCAAAGUGGCGGCGACGAACAAAUUCAGCAAGGUGACGACGGCAUCAAGCUCGACGACGUAGAUGGAAAGACAACCAAUGGGGAUGCAAAAGGCCACGCAGAAGAUGAUGGCGAGGAAGAGAAUGGGCAGCAAGAAGAUACACAUUCGUUUACGGCCAAAGAGGUCGAUUCGAUCCUCAACCUCGCCAUGCUGCUCACUCUUACGAAGCUUUCGAAACAAAGUCAGCAAUUUCCCAUGCCCCUGUCCUCCUUCUACUCUUCCCACGUCCUCCCAAACAGACCUGCCCACUGGCCACCUCUCGAUGCCAAAGGAAAGCGAAGAGCUAGGCUUCCUGACUCACUCGUCGAGUGCGAGGCGGGCGAUGGCGGCGAGAGGGUCGUCAUAGCCGAGUCUACCGAUGUCCGACGCAGCUCGGCAAAGAAGCUGGCCAAGUGGAUAAAGGGUAUCGAGAAACGGGAUCUGGUCAAGUGCAAAGACAUCAAGGGCAAAGAUACCGUCAUUGUCUCUAUCACUUCGAAGCAUCCAGACCUCGAGGGUGUCACGCCUUACCUGACACUCUCCCAGCAAGCGCUUCAAGACUCUGAAAAUGGUCAGACGGGCCCUGCUUCUGCAGGUGCAGAGGGCGCGACCGCCGUCGGCCAGGCGUCCUCUUCUUCCUCCGACGCCAACAAGAAGACGCAGGUGGUCGUCGAGCGAUUCUGGAAGGCCAACGCCUCGUCAGUCAAAUUGUUUCAAGAGAUGGGCGCCAGCACCUCGGAACCAUUGCCCCGCCCCGUUAUUCGCCAGUAUCUCAAUGACUACCUCACGGCGCGAUCUCUCGUCGACCCAGCGGACCAGUCUCAGAUCAGAAUCGAUGAUGCAGCCCUCACCCACGCCCUCUUCCCGAAGGUAGCCCUCUCGGACAUCCCACCCCGGAUGCGGCGCGAAGCAAUCCUGGACAAGCUCCUGUCGGCGAGCUGCGUCGAAUACCACAGACUGAGCCGGCUGCGGCCCGACCGCGCUCGAGAGUGGACGUUGUCCAACACCAAGGCCUCGGCGACCUCAGCCUUGCCUGCAGAAGGGCUCGAAAAGAGCGAAGAGGUGGGACCAAUGACCAAAGGCCCGCACAAGCGGUUGCACCUCGAGAUCAAGCCUCGGCAGGGACGCAAAGUCGUCUCGCUCCUCACUGGCCUGGACCAGUACGGCGUCGAAGCAGAGUCCUUUGCCGCCGAUCUCAUGCGGAGCGUGGGCGCCAGCGCGUCGGCCCAGGUGCUGCAGCCUGCGACGGCCAAGGUGAGGGCCAAGUACGAAGUCUUUGUCCAGGGCGACCAGCGCAAGGUCAUCCUGGACUUUUUGGCCCGCGAAGGCAUCGACAAGGCGUUUGUUGAGGUCGUCGAUCUCACCAAAAAGUAAAAAGAGCACAUCAAUCAAUUAAUCAAUUCAUUCGAAGAGAUUGGAAGGAGAAGAUAGAGAAAUGAGAU